GCAGAAUCAAAACACAGAGCAGGCGACCCGAGAUCUCGUACGAUUUUUCUUGUGACGCAGUUCUCGCUCGCAUUUGAGCGAAAAGCGCACUUGUCCCGCGUCGGACAAUGCGUUGGACGUCCAGGCACUGAACUAGCUCGUGAGCUUGAUGGGACUGCUGGGCUCGAAGAACAAUAACAAGGAGCAGGACAAUCAUGAGCCAGCUCCGCGCACAAAAAGCAGCAACAAUAAGCCAGCCGUGGCGCCCAACAACCUGCUCGUCCUCCACAGGCUGGGGUCGCAGUUCUUCGACGCGGACGGCGACCUGGCGCACGAAUUCUACGAGCAGGUCUCGUUGGCCGACGGUCGGACGACGAUGCGACGCGUGACCCAGGGCUUGAGGCAUCAGGGGCUGGUGGCCCUCGAGACCCCCCGACUCCACCCUGACUGUCCCUGCGUGCUCCUCAUGUUGUGAUCGAAUUCAAGAGGCGAUUGAUUGAUUAUUUUGAUUCUAAUCUCUCAUCAAAAAUGCUUUCUUUGAGAUUGAUCGUCGCGACUCGGAGUUAAUUAUUUGACACACUUGGACUUGAACGUAUAUUUAAUUUUAGUAACGCGCUUCGUGUGGCGUUGAAUAAUUACAGCUUUUAAUAGUUAAAGCUAAAAAGUGAUUUACAUGUUUAAUUUUUACUUGUUAUAAUUUGCUUUCAAAAAACACGCUUCUUAAAAUGACAACUAUUAUUGAUUUUUAAAUAACAAAUUGAUGCCUCAUUUAAAUAUUUAAGGUUGUGGCUUAACGUAAUAGUUGUAAGGAAAAUAUGGAUUAAUCGAACCUGUCAGAAAGUUUUGCACGAAAUUAUUGUUAAAAAAUUCACCGUAGAAGUUCAUGUUCGGUACAUUUUACGAUACUUAUAAAAAUUAUUUGAACUUAGAUGUGAAGUAUGUAAACAGCUAAAAUGGGGAGUAACUUUAUUGUUAAGCAAUUGUCAAAAAUUUAUUGUUAAAACUUAACAUAUUGGUAUGAAUAUACAGAGAGAAAAUCACCCUUUAAUGUACAUAAUAUAAUUAUCCCAAUCAUCAGCAUAAGCAGCUGAAAUUGUUACCGAAACCAAUUUGUUUGUUCAAAAUUUUAAUGCCAGGAUAUUUCCAGGCCAAAAAUUUUAAAACCAUUAAAUUCUCAAAAACAUUUAAAUGAAAAAUGUGACCCAAACUUUUUUUAUCUCACAUUUGCCCGUAGCUACGCUCUCCAUUCCUUUUGUACAAAAAGCUUUAUAAGAAAAUCCAGACUUUGGCUAUACUUAAAUUUAAUUGAAAAUUCGUACGUGUUUACCACAAAUAAAGGCUAGUCAGUCAGUCAGACACACAAUGAGUUUC